CAAACUUCGUAGGGUAGUGAUGUAAACUUCCGGUCCACAUGGUGGUGGUGACAUAUUCUUAUUUCUCGAUAAUCUCAAAUCAACCUGAUCAUGACACGCUUUGCGAGAGCCGGUAAUGCUAAGAAGAUCCCACAUGAUGGUACAGAGUGGAAGGAUAUGUUUGGAAGUGGUAGUGAAUCCAAACAGAAGUCAGACAGUGUGUCCAAAACACAAGGGAAAAAACAUGACAAAAAAUUCAAGAAAUUCAAGAAGGAUAAAAUGAAUAAGAAAGUCAAAGGCAUUGGAAAAAAUAUAAAGGUUGAUGAACAAAAGCCAUGGCAAGUGAACAGUACUACUGGUGAUAAGAUGAAGGAACGGGCUAUGAGGAAUCAGUUCUUCCGGGAUAAAAAAAGUGAACAGAGGCGUGUACAGAGGAAGGAUGAUAGAGACCGAUAUCUGGUGUGUUUCAACUGCCGGAAGCAUGGUCACCGGAUGGGAGACUGCCCCCAGACGAAAGGCUCCAGCAGUCAUGGCACAGGCAUCUGCUUCAAAUGUGGCUCCACGGAGCAUGUGUCAAGUGCAUGUUCCGCAAAAGUAGCUCCAGAGAAUUACCCAUUUGCGAAGUGCUUCAUCUGUGGGGAGAUGGGUCACAUCACCAGGCAGUGUCCAGACAACCCAAGGGGCCUCUAUCCUAAUGGGGGAUGCUGUAAUGAAUGUGGAUCUGUGGAGCACUUAAAGAAAGACUGUCCUGACCUACAGAAACAGAGAGGUAUUGAGACUGUGACAAUAGACAAGAUGAGCAACACCCAGAGUGCAGACACCGAGUUGGACACAUCACCACAGCCACCACCUAAGAAAAAGAAAGGUGGACAUGGUGGAACAAAGAUUGUGAAAUUUUGAUAUGUAAUAAAUUGUCCUGAUAGA